AUGAUUACGAGAGAUUGGCUAGUUUGGAGUAAAGUAAAGCAAGCAUUUUACUGUUUACCUUGUAAACUAUUUAGCACGUUGCCUGAGUCACAGCGUUCCGCGUUGGCACUUCCUGAAGGGUUUUCUACAGCGAAACGUUGGAAAAAGCUGUAUGAUAAGGUCCCUGAACACGAAAAUAGUUCAGUACAUAAAAAAAGCUACGUUCAAUGGAAAUCAGAGAUCUUUAAAAUAAAAAAAGACAAAUCCUUGUCAGGUAUUUUAUUAAAAUCGAUCAACAGUGAUAAAGAAAAGUGGCGUGAGCUCUUAAAGCGUUUAAUUAAGGUCACUUUGUUUCUGGCCGAAAGAGGGCUGGCUUUUCGAGGGGAUUCUGAAAAAAUCGGUGAAUCAUCUAAUGGGAAUUUCUUGGGCAUCUUAGAACUACUCACUAACUAUGAUCCAGUUUUGAAUGAACAUUUAAAUAAAAUUCGCCACUUUCAAGAAAAGGGAGAUAGAAUGCAAGUGCAUUACCUGUCCCAUGACAUUCAAAAUGAAUUCAUAAGCUUAUGUGCUGCUGAAGUAACUAAAAAAAUUCUUGAAGAGAGAGAAAAAGCAAGGUACUACUCUGUAAUUGUUGAUGCAACACCUGAUUCUGCUCAUGUAGAACAGACUGUUAUAUUAAUAAGAUAUGUUAAUUUAACUGAACAGGUAGAAAAUCAACAAUACCAAGUGGAAGAACGUCUACUAUGCUUAGUAGAUUGUGCCAAUAAAAGUGGAAAAGCUAUAGCAGACCUCAUUAUGAGUAAAUUAAAAAUAUUUAAAAUUCCAUUAGAAGACUGUAAGGGCCAAGGGUAUGAUAAUGGUAGUAAUAUGAAAGGUGUAUAUAAAGGAGCUCAAGUUAUUAUACUCAGAGCUAAUAACGAGGCUAUAUACUCAGCUUGUACUUGUCACUCUUUAAAUCUAUGUGGGGAACAAGCAGCAGAGAGCUCAAGAGUUGAUAGUGUAAAACCAGUCGCUGCACAUCUUCCAGCUAUAUUAGAAGCCCUUGAAGAUUUGAAGGUACUAAACUUGACAUCAGAAUGUCCUCGAGACAUACAGGGAUUAGAAAAGUACUUCAAAACUUUUAACUGUCUUCUCCUAGCUUCUAUUUGGUUCAAGAUCCUAAAGUCAAUAGACAUUGUAAACCGUGUAUUACAAUGUAAAAGUGGUACUUUGGAUGUUGCCUCGAAAAAUUUGAGUUCAUUGAUCGAAGACUUGCACAAAAUACGAAAUGAAGGUUAUGAUAAUAUACUUAAUGAAACUCUAAUAGUGGCUAAAAAUAUAGGUUGGCCUCAAUAUUUCGAAGAAGAAUUAAAAAGAACUCGGAAACGAAAAAGACAUAUAGAUGAAGAUGACGAAAACGAAAAUGCAGAUGAUCAUCAAAGAACUAAAUUCAAGAAUGACGUUUUCAAUAUUAUCCUAGAUAGUGUUAUUGGAGAUAUGACAGUUAGGUUGGAAUCAGUGCAUUCUCUUUGUGAAAGAUUUUCUGUGCUAUGGUUGAAUAAAGAAAUGACCAUAGACCAGAUUCAAGAAAAAACUACUAGGCUGGUAAAACAGUAUCCAAAGGAUUUAGGAGAUGAGCUUACAGAUGAACUUCAAAGUUUAAAACUUAUAUAUUCAGCCAACUUUGGUGAAAAGACACUCUCACCUUGGGAUCUUCUGAAUGCUAUAAAAACUUCAAAUCUGGAAAAUUUAUUUCCUAACCUUACUGUGGCUCUCAGGAUAUUUAUCACAAUUCCUGCUACAGUAGCAAGUGCAGAACGCUCUUUCUCUGUAUUAAAAAGAGUAAAAAAUGUUUUACGUUCGACCAUGUGUCAAAACAGGCUAUCAAGCUUAGGAGUCUUGGCAGUGGAAAAAGAACUAGCUAAAAACACCAACUUGGAUGCUGUUAUCGAUGAUUUUGCUAUGAAAAAGGCCAGAAAAGGAACACUUUAA